UCAGGGUCUGAACGUUCAAGAACUCCGUCUGCAUGUCUUUAACAAUAUCGCCACUAAAUAUUCUCUACCACCCCCCGAAUGCAGAUUAACAGGUAUGCCAAAGGAAAAAUAUGAUUCCCCGGAUCCUCGCCGAUUAUACACCAUCAUGUCAGCUGAGGAGUUAGCCAACGGGAAGAAGUCGCACUGGGCCGAGCUGGAGAUAUCAGGUCGGGUCAGAAGUCUGAGCAGUUCUCUGUGGACCCUCACCCACCUGACGGCUCUACACAUCAACGACAACAACCUGAGUCGCAUCCCGCCCGACAUCGCCAAGCUGCCACACCUGGCCUACCUGAACCUGUCGUCCAACAAGCUCCGCAGCUUGCCCGCCGAACUCGGAAACAUGGUGUCUCUCAGGGAGUUGCUUUUAAACAACAAUCUUUUGCGAGUUCUACCUUACGAACUCGGGCGGCUGUUCCAGUUACAAACCCUGGGGCUAAAAGGUCCCAAGACAUCCUCAACCUGGACCAGGAAUCAGACGGAACCAGAAAGCUCUUGAACUACAUGCUUGACAAUCUAGCAGUGCACCCAGAACAGCUUCCCCAGAGACCUUGGAUCACCUUGAAGGAGAGAGACCCAAUGACCCCUACAGCCAUGUUCACAGUGAUGUGUUACAACGUGCUGUGUGARAAGUACGCCACCCGUCAGCUGUACGGCUACUGCCCCUCCUGGGCCCUCAACUGGGAGUACAGGAAGAAGGGCAUCAUGGAGGAAAUCACACACUGUGACGCUGACAUCAUCAGUCUACAGGAGGUGGAGACGGAGCAGUACUACGCCCUCUUCCUGGAGACUCUAAAAGACCAUGGGUACGACGGGUACUUCUGCCCAAAGUCUCGUGCCAAACUGGUCUCAGAACAGGAGAGGAAGCACGUGGACGGAUGUGCUGUGUUCUUCAAGACUGAGAAAUUUACUCUGGUGCAGAAACACACGGUGGAAUUCAACCAGGUUGCCAUGGCAAACUCUGAGGGUUCAGAGGUCAUGUUGAACAGGGUCAUGACCAAGGACAACAUCGGGGUCGCUGUCCUGCUGGAGGUCAACAAGGACAUGUUCUCUGGUGGCAUGAAGCCUCUGCAGGCGACACAGUUUCUUCUGGUGGCUAACGCCCACAUGCACUGGGACCCGGAGUUCUGUGACGUCAAGCUGAUCCAGACCAUGAUGUUCCUGUCUGAGCUGAAGAGCAUCACAGAGAGGGCGCUGAGCUCCGUGGCAACAGGCUCCCCGACCUCCGACCCCGCCUCCAUCCCUAUCGUCCUCUGUGCUGACCURAACUCCCUGCCAGACUCUGGUGUAGUGGAGUACCUGAGUAACGGCGGCGUAGCAGAGAACCAUAAGGACUUCAGAGAGCUACGCUACAACGAAGCGCUCAGCAACUUCAGCUGCCAGGGGAAGAACGGCCCUUCUGACGGCAGCAUCACACACAGCUUCCAGCUGAAGAGCGCCUACCAGGGCAGCCUCAUGUCUUACACCAACUAUACGUAUGACUUCAAGGGCGUGAUCGACUACAUCUUCUUCUCCAAGACUCACAUGUCUGUAGCCGGCUUGCUCGGUCCCCUGGAGUCUCAGUGGUUAACGGACAACAACAUCACCGGCUGUCCCCACCCCCACAUCCCCUCUGACCACUUCUCUCUGCUCGCCCAGCUGGAGCUCCACCCGCCCGUCGUCACCUCCCUCAACGGCCUGCACCUGCCCGUCCACAGGUAGUGGGGCCCCAACAUCUCACCCGUGACCCUUGACCUUUGAACCCCUAAUGCCCCGCCCCAUCUCUGCCGAACAAACAAACCCAGACAGGCCAUCCCCCCAAAGGAGUAUUCACCCCUUCUGCUCCUCUUUUAACCUCCAUUUUGCACACUGAUUGGAUUUCUGUUUGUUUUGUUUGUUGUCUUUCUUUGUCCACAUGAACGGCUUGAUACCAAAUUAGGGUUGGGAUUUGUGUUUUGUGUUGUUUUCUGGUCACAUCACAUACCGCUGCUCUUCUCCUUGGAAACUCCCCAAUGUGCGUCCGAAAUAGCACCCUAUUCCCUAUAUAGUGCACUACUUUUGACCACAGCCCUAUGUGGGUCUUGGUCUAAAGUAGUGCACGAUAUGGGGAAUAGGGUUCCAAUUGGGAGGGAGCCCCAAGUUCAGGUCAUCCUGAUCUGAUGUCAGUGUUUUUUUGCCUUAAACCUGGUUUGGAUGGGGGGCGUCUUUUUGUCACAUAACCUUCUACAGUAACAAUGACAGCCGACAUCUGAAUUCUCGCCGUUCGAUUUUGAGGUACCCAAUCCUCAAGACAACUACUUUAACAUAUUUUACAAAUAUGACAUUCAAAGGUUCUACUGAAUUGUAUUUUAUGAUCAUGUUAAGUCCUAUCAUUUCAACAUAAAUGUUACCCCAAAACGUUUUGUUCUUCUCCUAAAUCACAAAGGAUGGGGUGUGGGACUUUUCAGUAUCGCUCUAUUCGGAGUAAAGUAUGGUAAGAGAACAGAUGUGGGUUUUUAUCACUUUAUCACAUCAGUAUAUCAGUCGAAGAUAAAAAUGUAGAUUUKGAUAUGGAAAUCAAAAUGUGAAAUGGCAUCUUCAUGUGGCUUCUAUGGAAACCUAUAGGAACAAUCGUUGGAACAGGAUCCCAGCCCUACUAACUCAAACCCAGCAUCCGUGUCAACGUACGUUGCUUUCACCUCACGUUGCCAUUUAUGUUGACACUACACACUGAUUUUCCCCUCGCCCGUUUGAGUUGCUUGCGAGUGGUGUGUUCCCCUGACCCAAACCAAAAUUAACUUAUGGAUUGCAGUCAUUUUAGAUGUGUCUUUGACCAACAUAUCUUGUUAAUCAUUAUGAUUUGGUCUUUUAGCUUUUAAACUGCAGUGCAUUUAACACCUUUAAAGUCAUAAGUCUUAAGCUCAACUUCCCCGAGGCUCAAUAGCCAAGAGUCCUCAUCAAUCCAUCAAUGUUUGAUUGAUAGAUUAAUCGAAGAAUUCUCCCAAAACCAUGUGUUGCAUUAUCUAUGUGUUAAGAGGCAUGAGAAAGGAUUGGUGUGUUUCCAAGCCAGAUGUCAUUAUAAGGAAGUGGUCAUGUCAUUGAUUAAUGCUGAGCUGAAUCUAUUUCUAAUCGAAAGGCU